AUGUCGCUGUCGGGCAAAGACAGCGGGCAUUACGCCAACUAUGUGGGACCGUACCGCCUGGAGAAGACGCUGGGCAAAGGACAGACAGGUCUGGUGAAGUUGGCCAUCCACUGUGUCACGUGUCAGAAAGUGGCCAUCAAGAUUGUCAACAGAGAAAAGCUCAGCGAGUCGGUUCUCAUGAAGGUGGAGCGGGAGAUCGCCAUUCUGAAGCUCAUCGAGCAUCCUCACGUCUUAAAGCUGCACGACGUCUACGAGAACAAGAAAUACCUGUACCUGGUUCUGGAGCACGUCUCUGGGGGCGAGCUGUUCGACUACCUGGUGAAGAAAGGCCGGCUGACGCCCAAAGAGGCCCGAAAGUUCUUCAGACAGAUCAUCUCAGCCCUGGACUUCUGCCACAGCCACUCCAUAUGCCACAGAGAUCUGAAGCCAGAGAACUUGUUGCUGGACGAGAAGAACAACAUCCGGAUAGCGGACUUCGGCAUGGCGUCCCUGCAGGUCGGGGAAAGUCUUCUGGAGACCAGCUGUGGGUCUCCUCACUACGCCUGCCCGGAGGUGAUCAGGGGGGAGAAGUAUGACGGGAGGAAAGCGGACGCGUGGAGUUGUGGAGUCAUCUUGUUUGCACUGUUAGUGGGCGCUCUGCCGUUCGACGACGACAACCUGAGGAACCUGUUGGAGAAGGUAAAGCUGGGCGUGUUCCACAUGCCUCACUUCAUCCCUCCAGACUGUCAGAACCUCCUGAAAGGGAUGAUCGAAGUGGACGCCGGCAAGAGGCUCACACUGGAGCAGAUCCAGAAGCAUACGUGGUAUCUAGCUGGAAAGAACGAGCCGGAGCCCGAGCAGCCCGUCCCCAGGAAGGUGGCCAUCCGGAGUCUGGCUGCAGCCGAGGAGAUCGACCCCGACGUCCUGGAGAGCAUGCACUCCCUGGGCUGCUUCAGGGACAAGGACAAGCUGAGCAAGGACCUGCUGUCUGAGGAAGAAAACCAGGAGAAGAUGAUCUACUUCCUGCUGCUGGACCGCAAGGAGAGGUACCCGAGCCACGAGGACCAGAACCUGCCACCUCGCAGCGAGAUCGCGGACCCUCCCAGGAAGCGAGUGGACUCGCCAAUGCUGAGCCGCCACGGGAAGCGGCGGCCGGAGAGGAAGUCCAUGGAGGUGCUGUGCGUCACGGAGGGGGGGUCCCCGGUACCGGUGAGACGGGCCAUCGACAUGGCGACACACGGCCAGAGAUCGCGGUCCAUUAGCGGCGCGUCCUCCGGCCUGUCCACCAGCCCGCUCAGCAGCCCCCGGGUGACCCCCCACCCCUCCCCCAGAGGAAGCCCUCUCCCCACCCCUAAAGGCACCCCGGUGCACACGCCCAAGGAGAGCCCGGCCGGCACGCCCAGCCCCACGCCGCCGCCCAGCCCGUCCAUCGGCGGCAUGCCCUGGAGGACGCGCCUCAACUCCAUCAAGAACAGCUUCCUGGGCUCGCCGCGCUUCCACCGCAGGAAAAUGCAAGUGCCCACCCAGGAGGACAUGUCCAGCCUGACCCCAGACUCUUCCCCAGAACUGGCCAAGAAGUCGUGGUUUGGGAACUUCAUCAACCUGGAGAAGGAGGAGCAGAUCUUCAUCGUCAUCAGAGACAAACCACUGAAUUCCAUCAAGGCCGACAUCGUCCACGCCUUCCUCUCUGUCCCCAGUCUCAGCCACAGCGUCAUCUCUCAGACCAGCUUCCGGGCGGAGUACAAGUCCACGGCCGGUCCCACAGUGUUCCAGAAGCCGGUGAAGUUCCAGGUGGACAUCACCUACACGGAGAGCACCAGCGCCACCAAGGACAACGGCAUCUACUCCGUCACCUUCACCCUGCUGUCGGGUCCCAGCCGACGCUUCAAGCGCGUGGUGGAGACCAUCCAGACCCAGCUGCUGAGCUCCGACCAGCCCGGCACACAGCCCCAGAUAGCUGUCAAGGUCCUCACGGGGCUGCGAUUACAAACCGAAAAGGUUCCUGAUGGACCAAAAAGGUUCCUGAUGGAGCGAAAAGGUUCCGGCAAAGACAAAACAAAGAUGGCCGCCAGCAACCGGACGCAGGACCAACCUUAA